CUGCCGUAAAGCAGGUCGACUCUGCCGUAAAGUCAGAGCCCGGAUCGCUAGUGCGCUGCUUCGUCGACAAAAACAACAACAGCAGCAGCAUCUGGGAGACAGAAAGGGGCUGGACUUUGAUUUUCGUCUGGUCGGGAACACUCAAACAGGUACCCUGGACUUUUCAGAGACCCACUCGGACAUGUCGUAUGUCUUCAUCAAUGACUCCUCGCAGUGCAGCGUGCCGCUGCUACAGGCCUGCAUCGAUGGCGACCUGAGCUACGCAAAGCGGCUGCUGGAGACGGGCUGUGACCCCAACAUCCGCGACAGUCGGGGCCGUACUGGCCUGCACCUGGCCGCUGCCCGGGGCAAUGUGGAGAUCUGCCGAUUCCUGCACAAGUUUGGCGCCGACCUGCUGGCCACUGAUUACCAGGGCAACACUGCGCUGCACCUGUGCGGCCACGUGGAUACCAUCCAGUUCUUGGUGUCCAACGGCCUGAAAAUCGACAUCUGUAACCAUAACGGGUCGACGCCGCUGGUGCUGGCGAAGAGGAGGGGCGUGAACAAGGAUGCCAUCCGCCUCCUGGAGGGUCUGGAGGAGCAGGAAGUGAAGGGCUUCAACCGCGGGGCGCAUUCCAAACUGGAGACCAUGCAGAUGGCGGAGAGCGAGAGUGCUAUGGAGAGCCACUCCCUGCUCAACCCCAACCUGCAGAACAGCGAGGGCGUACUGUCCAGCUUCCGCACCACCUGGCAGGAGUUCGUCGAGGACCUGGGUUUCUGGAGAGUUCUGCUCCUGCUGGUGGUCAUCGCUUUGCUCUCCCUGGGCAUCGCUUACUACGUCAGCGGGGUGCUGCCCUUCGCUGCCAACCAGCUGGAGCUGGUGCACUGAGGGAGGAGAUGGAAGGAGCAGGGUUUGGAGGAUGGCUGGCGGGGCUAGGAAGUGGCCCUAGGAGGAGAGGGGUGUGGGGGCUCAUACGGGUCAGGCAUUUGCUUUAUUUUUCCAUUAGAAAAUCACGAUUUUCGAGUCUUCAUACUCACCACCUCCCUCCAUUCUACUUCCCAUCGCCAUAGCGAUUAUCACACUAAUGGUGUUCACUUGGUGAAACAGACGGGAUCUAGAGAGCCAAGCUGUGCCCUAACAAAGGUCUGCUUCACAGGACCUCACUGUCACAUUAUUCAUACCCCGGUACCAGUAUCAAGCUCCUCCAUUCAUAUUAACCAGCUCAGCACUGAACUGGCCAGUAUUCACCCAUCAUGUAUGAUUAAUUGAACAUUUCUAGGUAAAGUAUCACCCCGCAAAUGAAUAUUUAAUACAUUUUUAAAACCAUUUCAGGUUAUCUAAUGUCAAACACUCUUCAGAUAUUGUAAUUAGUUCUCGAAUGCCAAGAAGGAAACCAUUGGUCGAUCUUUUGUGAUUUAAUACCAAGUGACUUCCAUUUCGUUUGUUUGAAGGAAAGCUCUAACCGAUCCCAUUUUUAUUUGUUCUGUUUUAGUUAUAUCAUUCCGGUGCUUGUUUUGAACUAUAUUAUACUGUAUAGUAUAAACUUGGGUGAUAACAGAUUUAAAUGAUUAAUUACUCACAUCUGUUUUCUGCCCUUCUGUUACAAGGCACCUCUGUGAGUCUUGCACUUGUUUGUUAAUUUAAUGUUUCCCACUGUUUCUAAGCUCCUGUUUCUGGCAGUUUUCUUUUCACUGUAUAUUUCCCUUUAAAUACAGGAAGCAGCUACAUGCAACAGGCAGUUAAGCCUCAAAUGUAGAGUGAUAGGGGUCAAAUGUGUGUCUCUGUUAAGCUCAUUUGCCGGUGGAUCAGACCUAACAGCGCUGGCUACAGGUGCAUGGCCAGUUUGCAUACACAGCCAGAAGGUUAGUAAAGGAAGCGUGUUUGUCCUCUCAUGAGAUGCUCAGAGCUGCUGUUCGUAUCGCAGCAGCAACCGGGCCACCUUCAUCGUCCAGUGGGAUCAUUCGGCCUAAAGUAGUGAACACUGACCAAAUUUCCCAUUGAAGGGUAACAGAUCGGUAGUUAACCUGUUAUGUCUGUUGCUUUAAGAUAUAUAUGAGUAGGGUUAAUGUAAAUUCAGUAGAAUCGUUUCAUUUUGUACAUAGUUGUGCUUCACAUUUCUGACAGUGUUACUGUGUGUUCUAGGGUCAAAUUAAUGUAUGAAGCAUUAAACAUUCAGUCUUUCCCUGUAUUUUUUUUUUUUUUUUGUUCUCAAAUUUUUUUCGGUUCUUUUCCAGGAAUGCCAGUGUUCUGUACCAGUACCUUGUGAAGAACCUUAAUUUUGAAGCAUACUUUUAUUCAAACGGCCUCUGAAGAAGUGCAAACGCCCACAGCGGUUUUAAUCCCUGUUUUCAAUCUAAGUACAUCUUUUUUCAAUCUAGACAGCUAACUAACUGUUAGUUGGACUGAAUUUGACUUUGUACUCAAGCACAGCUAGCCACACUACAUAGAUUGCUGGCUCACUCACUUAACUAAUUAUGAUUAAUCAUGGCGUAAUAUUUCAGAAUGAUUUGAAUCUAAGUAUGUUUAAUUUUGUAUUGAAUAAACAAAGUGCCAGUUGGUGGAAUAGUUGCAUGGAUCAGUAUGGAAGCCUUGUGUGAAGCUGAAGACCUUAUCCAUGUAUCCUGUAGUGACUGCGCCUUGGUUACCAAGCUCUGUUUAAGUUUUACUAUGAGUAAAAGUUUAAUUGCUUGUCA